AUGCCCACCCCUCAGGCCUUUGCAUAUAUUGCAUUCCUCAGCCGGAGGAGAAUGCUAGAUAUGUGGCAGUCAGUGGCGAUUAUGGUGAUCUUGGGCCACUGGUUCAUCUCCGCCACCAUUUACCUAAGUAAUGGUCUCAUUCCUCCAGCUCUUCGCCGAAGAGGCGUCCAUCUUAACUUCAGCUCUAACCGUCCUCCACGGCCGUUUAUAUUGCUAGGCUAUGCCGUUCUAGAGGGAAUGCCCUAA